UUUCCACAAAGGGUCAGGUGUAAUAUGUGUUUGGGGGACUGAAGCAACUCUUGUCCUGGUGUCAUCUGCUGAUCUGUGGUACCGCAGCCAUGAUGUGACAUCUGGCUCAGGAUUCCACUGAAUUAGAGGAGGUCCAUGUAGUUUAACAAACAUAAAUGAUGAUACAUGGUCUAUGAGAAUCCUUGAGUGUGUUGUUGUUAUCAAGUUCACAUGACUGAAUCCUUGUCACAUUUAGCAGUACUAAUAGGAAUAACUUGUGAACAGCUUAGUAAUGGGCGUAAAUCUUGGGGGAUGCGGUGUCCGUGAUCCUCCACAUAAUCUCUGAAGGCAUUUAUUACAGAGGAAGAAGAAAGCUUAAACCACUUACAGAGAGAUGAUAUUGCAGCUUCUCUUGGACAGUAAUUCAGCAGGCCAGUUAUCUUUAUCAAGGACACACAUUUCAUUUAGCAGGGAUUUAUACAUACUUUGAGGUUUAGGAGUUUGAGAAUCUUUCAAGGAUGUUGCCAUGAACAUAUGGUGUUGCAAAUUGUCUAUAAGACUAGUAGAAACUAGAUAAUUAAUGGAGACAACUUUGUUGUUGCUUGUUAAGGUAAUUUCUCCAAACUUCCUCUUUUCACCUGCCGUUUGAGCUUCUAGAGUUUUUGUACCACGUUGCUUUUUCAGUCUAUGCAGUGAUCUUAUGCUCCAUUUGAUCAGUUUGCUUAAAAAUUCGUAGUAGUGCGUUUCUGUAAACACUCUGACAGUAAACCGAGUUCAUGCAACGUGUCAUACGUUAGAGCUCAGUCCAAUAGAAACUGUUCUGAAGAGAGUCUGUUGAACAGACCUUCACAGGUUGUUCUGUCGCUCCCAGAUCUGGUUUCAUCCUUCAUUGCUUUUUCAAAAUGAAAACACAGUGCUUCAUCAUUUUGCCACACUGCUGAAACCGUUCGAAACGAGCUAGCUUUGCACCUGGUGCCCAGAACAUGGCCUAUUUUGCAAAUUUGUUCUAGUUAAGAGGCACAUUGAGACAAUUCCUGGGUGGUCUACUGUAAACAGAGUACAAUCUGUCCAUAAAUGAUUGAAAAUGAACUUCUCUCACCGAAUCACCUACUGCAAGUUCUAAUCUGUGAUUAAGACAGUGCCAAAUUAUCACAUCAGGGUAACGUUCCUUGAGAAUUGUAGCAACACCAGAUUUGACACCAAGCUUUACGCUUGCCCCAUCACUAGCAAAUGCUACAAAGUUCUGUUUCAAGUAAGAGUCAUCAAACCCAUGGUUAUUGAGACAGUUCUAUAGAUGCUUAGCAAUACACCCUUCCCUCGUUAUUUGCGUCUUCAGACAAUGUGGAUUCACAGUUAUGCGAGGAACCUAUUUCUACCAACAUCUCCUUAUAUGUGUCCAAAACUCAGUUAUGCGAGGAGCACUGCUUUCCCGCCAAUACAAGUCAGGUGCACGCGCCUCACAGUCUCACUCCCGCCAGUCUCGCAUCGGUUUUGGCAAGGUGUGGUUGUGCGAUCUUGCGCUCUUAAAACUUUUGACUUUUUACCUACGCUGCAGUGAUUUUGUGUCUGAAAUGUAUAACUGUGCCCUCUAAGCGACCGAUAUCAUGUCCUGGGCCAUCAGCUGAGCAGCAGAGAACCGCUUUAACACUUGAAAAAAGUUGGAAAUUAUAAAUAGCAAGGCAUCAGGUGAAGGUAACACAGCUCUGGGACACUACUGCCGGGAACAGAAUCUUGCCUUUAAAGUUCUUUUGUUGCUUGACAAUGCGCCAGCCCAUCCUAAACAUUUGAACAGCAUUCAUCCUAAUAUAACAGUGCGUUUCCUGCCGCCUAACACAACAUCGCUGAUUCAACCACUCGACCAAGGUGUGAUCCACAUUCAAGGCGUAUUUUUUUACGGUGAACUAUCUCUCAGAUGCUGCAAGCAACAGACUAUUUUGAAAAUCCCUGGAGUUUACCAACGGUGAGGGAAUGGUGGAAGUCGGAACACACUGGACCCAAGUUUAGAACGGAGUCUGCAUUUCAGUCAUUCCCUGCCAUCAACCCUUCUUCCCUACAAGCAAAUUUAUGCUGAAAAACAAAAUGCUGCCAAGCAAACAACCCUCACCACUUUCUUCAAACCGGUGUCAUCUGCUGCCGUUCUGUGAGUCUUCCUUCAUCCCUUGCUGUGCUUGAUACGAUCCUGACGACCACAACCAUCCACCUUAUCCAUGUAAAGCUGCCCGACACCACAACAACCACUCAUCUCCCGGAGCGAACACACCUGCCACUGUUGGAACUUUAUUUGGUUUCUUUUACUUGCCUGUGAACACAUCUACCUUACAAUGUCUAGCAAGAGUUCUAAAUCCGGGAGAAAGGAAGUUCCAGCUCUGCCGUCUGAGACCCUCGCUGCGCUGGAACAACACCGAGACGAUAUUUUAAAGGAAUUUAGAACCGCUUUCAAACAGCUGGAAGCCAAACUGGAUCGGAUCAACGAUAGAGUGGACGAACAUGCUGAACACUUAUCUUGCAUCGAUUCGACUUCUGAAGAUUUAGAAAGUCGUGCUCGAUAUUUGGAGACUCUCUGUUCCAGCCUAGAAGAAAAAAAUAAUAAACUCCUUUCCAAAAUGGUCGAUCUCGAAAAUCGGAGCAGAUGUUGUAACCUUCAAAUUCUUGGGUUGCCAGGGGCUACUGAACAGGGAUCAACCGUGAAGUUUAUCGCCAAGUUUCUCUGUGAGAUAUUCGGGAAAGAUUUGCUUCCGAACCCGCCUGAGCUCGAAAGGGCACACAGGGUCUACGUUCCCCUGGAAUUCUGGGCUCCCACCCGCUACCGGUAAUUAUGUGCUUUCAUAAAUAUCAGGUAAAACACCGUCUGAUUAUGGAGGCACGUCGCAGAGGUACUUUUACUUUCCAAAAUACAAUCAUUCGCUUUGUGGAAGAUUUUGCACCCCAGACCUUAAAGAUGCGCGCUGAGUUUAAAGGCGUAAUGAAAGUGCUUUUUGAUCAUGGUUUUAAACCCUCUCUUCGCACUCCUGCCAAUUUACGAAUCACGCUUAAUACUGGAAAAUAUAAGUGGUUUAAGUCAGUGAAGGAGGCUGAGGCAUUUGUUGCAAGACUUCCGGCUAUCCAGCCAUCUUCGGAACCCGAUCAGACCAACUAAAAUGGUGGAUAAGUACUUCUCAUAGUAAAAUUACUUUUCCUGGACUCAGACUUUACUUGAAUCGCUCAGGCACUAUUUAUUGAAACUCUAAGGGCUGUUGACAAUCUCUCCCUGGAUUUGGUGUGUCUUUUUUAAAUAGACAUUCUGUGCUUAAUGUUUCCCUAUGGACGUUUAAAUAGUACUUGUGUAAUCUAUUUUAUUCUUGUAUAACUUUAUCUAUAGAGUUCUACAAUUGACUCUAACUUGUUUUGGAGGUUUGAAGUCUUUAUUGAAGGCCUCCCUGUUGGUUCACAGUUUAACUGCUGAUUGUUUUUUAUUUAUUUAUUUAUUUUCACUUUUUUUUAAUCUUUGAUUUUUUUUUCCUCUCUGUAAAUGGUUGAUAAGUACUCUUCUUGAAUCUAUAAUUUUCCCCUUCCUCCCUUUUUUUUUUCCCUUUCUCUUACUUUAUUCUUCCAUAAUUUUUCGCGGGUAGGUUAGUUUUGGUUUUCUUCCGAUUUUCUCUGUAUUAAGUUUUAUAUUUCUGCAGAAGAUGUUCCAAUUUGUAGUUAUGUUUUCUAGUGCAUAAACUAGUUACUAUUUGCUAUAAUAUUUAUACGGAACUGCUGUUAAUGACACAGAUCUGGAAGUUAUAUUUAGGUUAAUAUUUUUGGUAGAGCUAGCUGCUUUUUUUGGUAGCCGUCUAGUUUUGGGUUGUGUGAGUGGGGUGGAUUUUCCAGUUCCAACAUCACUCACUGUAUUUAUUGUUUGUCUUUAUUGCUCAGGACAUGUUUAUGUUUUGAUUUCACGAAUCUAUGUUUACAUUUCUGCUCCCAGACUGCUAUUGUAUUGCUUGACUUUUUAUAUGCCUGCUGCCUUUUAUGCAUUAGUAAUUGAUAAUGGCUAGUGCACUUAAAUUCGUGAGCUGGAAUGUAAAGGGAUUGAAUCACCCUGUUAAAAGGAGGAAGGUAUUCUCACAUAUUAAACAACUCAAAGCUGACAUUGCUUUCCUUCAAGAAACUCAUAUUCGUUGUUUUGAUAACUCCCGGCUUCUGUCAAAGUGGGCAGGUCAGCAUUUUCAUUCAUCCUUUGCCACUAAAGCUAGGGGAGUCUCCAUUCUUAUUAACUCAAAUAUUCCUUUUGAGCUCCAUAAUAAAAUAUCUGAUACAAAUAGCCGUUUUAUUAUUGUUUCUGGUAAACUAUACAACACUGAAGUUGUACUAGCAAACCUGUAUGCUCCCAACUUUGAUGAUGUUAACUUUUUUGAACGUUUUUUUCUUCACUACCAGACUUAAACUCAUAAACUCAUGGGUGGUGACUUCAACUGUUGGUUAGAUCCUAAUCUGGUUCGAUCGUCCUCUGUUACCAGAUCACCUACUAAAUCUGCCUUAGCUAUCCAAUCGUUUCUCUCUAAUUUUGGUAUCUCUGAUAUAUGGCGUUUCCUUCAUCCUACUCAGAGGGAUUAUUCUUUUUUUUCCACAUGUUCACCAUACCUUCACUAGAAUUGACUAUUUCUUACUCGAUAACCAACUUAUUCCAUUGGCCUACUCUUGUGACUAUCAGAGUAUACUGAUUUCUGACCAUGCCCCAAUUACUGUCUCGCUGAACUUUCCUGGUCUCCCUCAGAGGAAUAAACACUGGCGGUUUGAUUCAACUUUAUUAUCGGAUGAUGAUUUUAAAAAAUUUAUUAAGGAUCAGAUAACCUUUUAUUUUAACACUAAUACAUCACCUGAAGUGUCAUCCCAGAUUGUCUGGGAUGCCAUGAAAGCAUCCCAGCAAAUCUCAACAGAAGAUCCUGUGCAGAUCGAUUAGACCUCAUUAACCAGAUUAAAGAAUUGGAUCAACUAUGUGCUCAAACUAAGAACCCUGAACUAUACAAGGAGCGUGUUGAACUCCAAACUAAAUUUAAUCUCCUGUCUACUCAACCUGUCAAACGCCAACUUCUCGAAAGCAAGAGUCGCUUUUACAUUCAUGGGGAUAAGUCUGGUAAAUUUCUAGCCAAUCAGCUGAGCCGUUCCAGAGCCAAACAACAUAUUACAAAGAUCCGGAAGGAGAACAGAGACUUUACAUCGGAUCAUUUAGAAAUUAAUGGCGCAUUUAAAAACUUUUAUUCUCCGCUUUAUUCCUCUGAAUCUUUGAAUGACAAUAUCUCUGCUGAUCAAUUUUUAAAGAAUCUGAAUAUUCCUUCACUUUCAUCUGAUUUUAAAGCCAAACUUAAUGCGCCUAUAUCAUCAGAAGAAAUAUCUUUAGCAAUUUCUGCACUGUCCUCGGGGAAAUCUCCUGGACCUGAUGGGUUCCCUGUAGAAUUUUAUAAAUCAUUCUCUUCACUUCUUUCUCCUCAGUUACUUUCAGUGUUAUCUGAUUCGUUUAAUUACAGCAAAUUGCCACCCUCUUUCAAUGAGGCAUCUUCUAUUAAAAAAGGGCAAAGACCCAACAGAGUGUUCCUCAUAUAGGCCGAUUUCUUUGCUCAAUGUUGAUGUAAAGAUCUUAGCUAAAGUUUUGGCUCAUAGAUUAGAAACCGUUAUUCCCUCCAUUAUCUCUGAUGACCAAUCAGGUUUUAUUAAAAACCGUCUCCCUUUUUUUUAACAUUCGGCGUUUAUUUAAUAUCUUAUACUCACCUCCAACUGGGAUUCCUGAAUGUGUUAUUUCCCUCGAUGCAGAGAAAGCAUUUGAUCGUAUAGAGUGGAACUACCUUUUUGCAGUCUUAGAAAAAUUUGACCUCGGUCAAAGUUUCAUCUCUUGGAUCAAGUUGCUGUACCUGUGUCCUACUGCUUCUGUUUUAACUAAUUUUCAGAAAUUCCAGGUAUUUAAUCUUAAACAUGGCACCCGUCAGGGAUGCCCCUUAAGUCACUUUCUCUUUGAUUUGGCUAUAGAACCUUUGGCGAUAGCAUUUCGAAAUUGUCCUGAAUUGACUGGGAUUUGGAGAGGGGGUGUUGAGCGUAAAGUUUCCCUUUAUGCUGAUGACUUAUUACUCUUCCUCUCUCAAAUCCGUCUACAUCCUUACCUCCAAUGUUUUUGCUUCUUGACCAGUUUAGCCAGAUCUCUGGCAAUAAACUUAAUUUACAUAAGAGUGAACUUUUCCUAAUUAAUAAAGAAGCACAAGAAUUAACAUUUCGUGAUCUCCCUUUUAAAGUAGCCCAUAAUCAAUUUACUUAUCUUGGAAUUACGGUCACAAGGAAGUUUAAAGAUCUCUUUCAUGAAAACUUUGCCAAUCUUUCAUAUACUAUAAAACAGAGUCUGGUACAAUGGUCAUCUCUAUCUAUGUCUUUGGUAGGUCGGAUUAAUGUUGUUAAAAUGUAUGUUCUCCCCAAAUUUUUAUACUUAUUUCAAUCUAUCCCAAUUUUUAUUCCUAAAUCUUUUUUUGAUUCCUUAGACUCUAUUAUUUUGUCAUAUCUGUGGAAGAAUAAGCGCUCUAGAAUUAAUAAAAUCCAUCUCCAAAAAUCUAAAAAAGAGUGUGGCAUGGCUUUACCUAACUUUGGUUUAUAUUAUUGGGCAGCUAAUAUACGUUGUGCUACCUUUUGGUCUUUCUUCCAUGGCCAACCCGAGUGCCCUAAUUGGGUGGCAAUGGAAUUGAGCUCCACUAAAGAAUUAUCUAUCUCUGCACUUCUUGGCUCUGCACUCCCUAGCAGUCUGUCCAGAUUAAUAGCAAAUCCUCUUGUUAGACAUACUUUGCGUAUAUGGGCUCAGUUUAGGAAAUGCUAUGGUUUCCAUGGUUUUUCCGUUUCCAGCCCUGUCAUACAUAAUCACUUUUUUUUACCUACCACGUACAAUUCAGCAUUCCAGGUUUGGUAUAGGAAGGGCAUUAGACGUUUUGAAGAUCUCUUCAUUGAUAAUCGCUUUGCUUCUUUUCAGCAGCUCUCUGUUAAGUUCAGUCUGCCCAAUGCUCAUUUUUUUAGUUAUCUCCAAAUUAGACACUUUAUUGCUCCUUUAAUUCCUAACAUUCCUGAAAUGCCUGUGAAAAAUGUUAUGGACUUAUUUCUUUCCAUUAAUCCACUAGGUAAAGGUUUAAUAUCAAUUAUCCAGGAUAAAUUAGCAGCCUUACGACGGGCCCCUGUGGAUAAAAUUAAAAUGGCAUGGGAGCAUGAUUUAAAUACCUUAUCUGAUGAGUGCUGGGAUUCGAUUUUCAAAUCCGUUAACUCAACCUCUCUUUGUGCUCGCCAUUGCCUUUUACAGUUUAAGAUUGUUCAUAGAGCCCAUAUGUCUAAAUCUAAACUAUCUCGAUUAUACCCUGACAUUAGUCCACUCUGUGAUAAAUGCAAGAGGGGCGUGGCCUCUCUCAUUCAUAUGUACUGGUUCUGUCCUAGCUUGGAGAAAUUUUGGAAAGAUGUCUUCACUACGUUAUCGUAUAUUCUGAAUCAGCACCUAGAACCAAACCCCUUAAUUGCUUUGUUCGGUUUUUGGGGCGAGACAGAUUUACGACUUGAGUCCGACCAAAUGCCGAAUAUUAUCCUUUGCCUCUCUCCUGGCUAGACGCUUGAUCCUCCUUAGAUGGAGAGAUGUUGCCCCGUCCACUCAUGCUCAAUGGCUUAACGACAUUAUGGCCUGCUUGGACCUCGAAAAAAUUCAUUAUUCAGUUCUUAAUUCGGAUCUAAAGUUCCAUAAGGUCUGGGGACCUUUUAUCGAGUACUUUCAUAACCUUCCUCGUGACUAGGGUUUUUUUUUUCUUUUCCGUCCCUUGCUUUCAGCUCCUUUUUUUUUUCUGGUAGAAGGCAUUACUAUCCUCUGUUGCUAAGUGUAUUCACAGUCUGGGAGUUUGACUAUCCUGAUUUAUAUUCUCUAUAUUGUGUUGUGGUUGGUCUGGAGUUUUUUUUGUGUUGUGGGGCUUGGGGAGGAUACUAAUUUUACUUAUCUUCAAUUUAGGUGCUUUUUUUAAAAAAUUCUCUUUCUCUGUAUCAUAUUGUCAUUGUAUGCUUAAUUUUGCACUGUAUUAA